AGAUUCGCCUGCGGAUCGGACAUGGUGCUUCGCCGCUCGCAAUGCCAUUUGCAACCAUUUGACAUGCUGCUUCGUGAUUCAAGCAACUUGCUUCAGUCUGUCGUGGAUUCGCCUCGCAUAGCGCUGAAUGGUAACGAGUGGAAUUGGAGACUCCAGUGGUCUUAAAGCCUGCCAGAGUGGCUCUCAUGUGGUCGUGUUUUUGACCAGAGCAAACUGCCGCCUUCUGUUCGACGUGAGAUCACACAGGUUACUCAGGAUCCCAACUUCAAUGCAACCAACCAUCCCAUCUCGGACUCUGCCUGUCGCACAGCUACUCAACAUCAAUAUUUGCGCAUCGCUGGACUGUGAUCUUAGCCCAGAUACCAUCAUUUUCUCAACAAACCCCCCUCUCCUCAGCCUUCCCAAUGAUUUCACGGCAUGGUCAAUUCCCCCGCUCCAUUGCGUCACUCAGCUCCUCGAUCAGUUCGGUCAGGCUUGGUUUAAUGGUCACACUUCAGUCAUCCAUCCACUUUCCCCAACAUUUCACCUUCCGUUCUGGGUUCUUUCAUACUGGAGGGACAUCUCAUGUGCCCUGGAGGCUUCGUCUCACCUGGAUAUCGGCCCAUGAUUGGGUUCUUCAGAGGCUUGAGGAUGAAGAGGACACAGGCUGUGGUGCUUGCGAGUCAGUAGUUGUAGACAAGGUUCUAGAUUCGCUUGAGCAUUUGCCAUGGGAUGUUGACUUGAAGGGGUUUGGUGCUCAGACCAGUCUUCACACACCAGAGCUUCUCCCUCUACUUGCUGACACGAUGGUCAAUGGUCGUGUACUUGAUGCUCUUAUUGCCGCUAUCAAUGAUCGUGUGGAUGAACACAAUGAUACUGCUGUCGAGACACUUGAUUUUUCAAAUUUAUUGUUCCUGGGCGACACGCGGUGGUCAAAGUAUCAUUUCGACAAAGCCUUUACUCGGCUGCAUUACCUCGGAGACUCGCUUCACGAUGGCACCAUACAGCGUGUCAUUUUCCCUGUCAAUGUUGCCAAUGUCCAUUGGGCCAUCGUUAGUGUGGAUGCUAGCACACGGAUGAUCUUGUACGGCGACUCACUUGGAUGGUCCAUGCCUAGUUCAUAUGUUGAUGCUAUCCGCCGCUGGUUGAAAAACCACGGUUUCGCACCAUUUGGCAAAGGAUCCUUGUCUCAUGGGGAGCAGACAGACUCCUUUUCAUGUGCAAUUGUGGCUCUCAAUACCAUCAAGUACGCUGUCUUCAGACACCACCCACUGUUUACCGAUGACUCGAAAUAUCAUCUUCACAUGGAGGAGUUUUUGAUGUUGACAAAGAGCCACUUCAAGGUUCGUUUUUACUGUGUUUUUACGACUCGAAAAACUCAUUUCCUCAUAACAGUCUGA